UUCCCCCCCACACUUGACCCCUCCCAAGUGAGCAUUUCUUCAGUUCGUUGUGUACAUCCCCGUUAGUCACGCGAUAGUUGUGUAUGCCGUGUAUGCUUCGUAUUCUACCUAUGCUGCGUAUUCUGCGUAUUAUGCGUGUGCCGAGCGCGCACCCGGGCUGGGAAGUGUAGACCUCGAGUCCACCCCGGCGGCGCCUUAGUCUUCACGUCUGAACAAAUUGUACAGUCGACACACCAUCAGAGGUUCGAGCAGCCAGCAUUCUCACCCCAUCCAUCCCGCCUCUUCAUAAACGCACAGCAGUGUAAGUCAAAAUGAAUAGGAACGAAGAAAUCCUGUCCAAGGCAACGCCGGACUUUAUAUUCAAAUUUUUUACAGAGCCCAGCUCAGAGGAAAGCAUAGGCUGGUUAAACUCUCAAGUAACGUUAAUAUGUUUCAGCCAAAUGAAUGCUGGGGCCAAUCAAAUUUUUUUAAAAGUGAUAGAUGGAACGAUCCCCCCGCAAUACUACGCCAUUGUGCAUGUGGGGACAGAGGAAGCAAGCAUGAGCAGUGCGCCCAUCUCCUAUGUAAAAAAAUUAAUAGCCAUAGAAAAUUUCUCUAUCACAAAUUACUAUGGGAAGCUUUUCAUAUUAACAAAAAAACUUAGAGUGCUUAUGAGUGUAGAAUACUUUGACAUUGAGGACCUCUUUCGGAGGUACCAGCUGCAGAGUAUCUCCUACCUUCUGCUGAAUGCGAAAGGGGAAAGCGCCUCUAAGGAUGGGGGCUCCAGACCCGCCAGCGAAUACAGCGCCGAAGGGAAAGCCAGGACCAGCAACGUUAUUUCGCGCUAUUCGAGUGAACACGGAAAUGAGGGCAAAGCGAGGGAAGGCAAUUAUUACCCCCGCGGGGGGAGCGCAGGGGCGGGAGCAGGAUCAGGAGCAGAAUACAGUAGUAGUGCUAUUCCUCCGGCUGGCUAUUCCAAAUUGAGUGAGCGCCCGGAAGGGGACCCCAGGGCUGACCACUACGACAGGUGCCAGCGUGCGUCAGGCGAAAAUUUGACCAAGGAGUUAGUGGGCAAGAAUGGCAGUGCUGCAUAUGGGGAGAGGCCUCCUUAUGGGGAGCGACCCCCUCAUGGGGAGCGGCCGCCGUAUAGGGAGGCCCCGCAAAAUUACCACCACGGCAGAGUGGCAGAAGAUAAGGGGAGGGGGAAGCAAUUCCCCGACAGGUCCAGUGACCCCCCCAGCGCGGCCAAGUUCGCGCAGGGCGAGAGUUUCUCCUGCCGCGACUACCCCCCGUACGGUGCAAGCGAAUUGGAGAGGAACCCGCACGAGGCCGCAUCUCUCUCGCACCCAAAGAACCCCGCGUCGCAGAGGGCGAGCCAGCCCUACAGCAAGCGGAACAACACCACGGCGUAUGAUCCGAACGGGGCGAGCACAGCGAUUAGUGCAAGCAGUGUAAGCAGUGUAAGCGGCGCUUAUGGAAAGGACCACUACAGCAGCGGUAAGAGCAGGACGCACCACAUUGCAGGAGAACCGACCGACGGUAGAAGCGGAAGCAUCGGCAGAAGCGGCAACGGUUACGAGCCCGGAGUGGGCCCCCCCAUGGGCUCAAGCGUGUACAGAGAAGAACCCCCUCUGGGGGAAAGCAUCAGUAGAAGCCACCCCAAGGCGCGCACGAGCAACUCGAACGCCUACAUGUACGAGGGGGAAAUGGAGGAGGGACCACCCGGGUUGGGAGCAGCCACCGCCGGGGAGUACAAGGGCCGGUAUGGCCCCUCUGCGAAUCACCCAGAGAGGGGCUCCCCAGAAGAGAGGAGCUAUUACCAAAGCGGCAGGGGGAGCAGCAGCAUGAGUAAAAACGCAAGUGGGGCGCGUGACUACUACGGCUACCCCCCACGUGAUGCAGAAGAGGGUGACCACUGCAGGGGGGUGGACGAUGAGGCGUACCACGGAAGGGUAGGGGCGCCAUACGGGAAUGGCAUUGUGGGGGGAAGGAACGGUAGGAAUUACAACGGAGAGGUGGCGAAGCUUAGUAGAAGCGAAGAGGCGAUACAUGAUAGGUAUGCCCCCCCUGAGGAGAUGACCCCUGCUGAAGGCUACAAUCACAGGGGGGGGAGAAAUUACGGCCCACCCGGCGCACGAAGCGGAGGCAAUGAGCGUAACGGCAGUGGGGACCGGGGCGGGGCGCAAUCGAGCAAGAAGGCGAGAAGCGAAAGCAUGGGGAGUCUGCAGGAGACGAAGGAGACGCUAAACGAUAUGGAGGAGUAUCCCCCCGAUAGGAGGAACGACACGAAGAGUAUAUUAAAAGAAAACACCUCCAGCAGGAACAGCAGGAAGUGCGCACCCUACCAGCAAAGCAGCAGCGCAGUUAUAAAAAUGAACGACGGGAUAUUGAUGCAAAUUAAUAAGCUUUCCCAAUAUUCUUCCAAAUGGAUCAUCAAGGCGAGGGUUCAGUCCAAGGACAACGUCAGGAGGUUCUACUCAGGUAACAAAGAAGGGAAGGUAUUCAACAUAGAACUGUGUGAUGAGGAUGGGGAGAUAAAAGCAAACUUCUUCGGAAAGGCCGUCGACAGAUGGUAUGACUACCUCCAAGUGGGUAGGAUCUAUAAAAUAAGCAAAGGAAAUAUAAAAGCAGCUAAUAAAAAAUUUAAUACCCUAAAACAUGACUGUGAGAUUACCCUAGAUGAAAAUUCAAUCAUAGAAUUGCUAGAAGAGAAUGAUAACAUCCCCAAAUUUAUUUACAACUUUGCAUCUAUAGACACCAUAAAGAAUAUGAACACGGGUUCGCUAGUAGAUGUAAUAGGAGUGGUGUUCAGCUUCCAAGAAACCAUGCAGAUAUUGAUUAAAAAAACGGGACAGUAUAAAGAGAAGAGGGACCUCAUUCUGAUAGACGAUAGCAACGAAACUAUUAAUGUAACUCUGUGGGGGGAGCAUGCCUUGAAAGUUGAAGAAGACUGCCUCAGAGAUAACAGCAUCAUCUGCUUUAAGUACUUAAAGGUUGGAGAGUGGCAGGGCAAAAAACUAGAGUCACACCCCAAAACCAAAAUUGAUGUAAACCCAGAAAUUGACAGAGCCUACGUGCUACAAACCUGGUGGAGCAGCAACAAACAGAAUCUUUACCACUCGGUGAAUGUAAACACGAGUAGCUUCCACAUAGAGUUGCAAAAAACGAUUGAGGAAAUUAAAAAGGAUGUCAAUUUGGCAAAUGAAGAUGCCUUGUCUGGAAAAGGAAUCGUUUUUACAACCUUCGGCUUUAUAGACCAUAUUUAUAACUCCAUCCCUGUGUACUCGGCUUGCCCAGAUUGCAAUAAAAAAAUGAUUACCAACGUCGUGGAGGAGGAAGAAGACGACAUAAGCUCAUCCCAAAUGAUGGACCAAUCAAUGUACUGCGCCAAGUGCAACAAGAAUAACACCCCUGUGUAUAACUACUCUAUUAAUCUUAAAAUCACAGACAGCACGGACUCCUUGAGGGCCUCCGCCUUUGCGGGGUGCGCGCGUACCAUCAUGAAUGGCCUCUCCGCCGACGAAUUUAUGGCCCUCAGGCAGGAGUACGUCACGCAGGAAAAUAUUGAAAAUUUUGACCUCAUUGAGAAGGCCAAGCUGAAUGAGUUUUUUUUCCGCAUCAAGGCCUACAUGACUUCCCACAUGGACGAGCUCAAGAAGAACUACACCAUCAUCGAGAUCAUCCCGCUCAACAAGCUGCUCGUGGACAACUGCAGGUAUUUGGUCCGCGCCAUCCGCGCCCUCACGGAGAAGCGGUGA